GUGGCCGUUGGGACGUCGGCGGUCUGUGUGCCUUCGCCGAGGAAAGGUGCAUGUCCCCAGUGUCCGCUCCGCUCGCCCGAUAAGGAAUGCGCCUUGCGAAGUCGCAGUGUGGUUUAGCAUUUGAUAAAACUUCAGCCGAUACCGUGGUAUAACAGGAGUCAUGGUUUGGUGUCGCUUCUACGUUUCUUUUCCAAGCGUGCGGGUCUAAUUCAUUGAGCUAGCUGUCGUUAGCCAGCUUCGUCGAUUCAUAGCGCGCUAGCUUGCUAGCUGGAGUGUGCUGCUGGCCCAUCCAGUUGACCGGGAGACGAGCUCGACUGACUGAGAAACACAGCCGCUGUUUGGAAACGAGGUGGUGGCGGCAGGCGGGGGGCCGGGAGAACGCGACGGGGUGGUAGUGAGUCAGGAGCGGCUGAUGAGUUCAGACCAGAGCGGAGAGCCACCGCUGCUGCAGGAGGAGGCUGAUCCCGGACCGAAGAGCGGUGGGAAGGACGAGGCUCCGCUGGGGAGCGAGGGAGGGUCAGGCGGCAUGGUCACCUCAAAGGGUGCUGGUUUGAACCCAAAUGCCAAGGUGUGGCAGGAGAUCCCCGUGGCCCCCAGCGAGGCUGUCACCAGUCCUCACUGGCCUCCCUCAGACAUCAGUUAUUCAGAGCCUUCGUCAGCUGGUUGUAAGCAGUACUCUGUGGGAUUUACCGCCCUUGGUGACAGCAGCUCCACAGCAACAGCUGAAAUAGCAGUAAAUGGAAUGGACCUUCAAGAGCUGGGCUUUUCUCCCGCCGAGUCCACGACGGGGAGCUCUGAUUCCAAAACUGAAGAACAAGUGUCCUCUGAGAAUCUACGAGAGUCUCUGAAGAAAGAGCUAGAGUUUUAUUUCUCAAGAGAAAACCUCUCCAAGGAUUUAUACCUCAUGUCUCAGAUGGACAGCGACCAGUUUGUCCCUAUCUGGACUAUAGCCAGCAUGGAGGGCAUAAAGGUUCUCACCACAGACAUGGAGCUCAUUCUGGAUGUGUUGAGAUCUUCUCCAAUGGUACAAGUGGAUGAGAAAGGUGAAAAGGUUCGACCGAAUCACAAACGAUGCAUCAUCAUCCUGAGAGAGGUCCCUGAAACCACACCUGUAGAGGAAGUUGAGUCACUGUUUAAAAACGAAAAUUGUCCAAAGGUGAUAAGUGUCGAGUUUGCGCACAACAACAACUGGUACAUCACAUUCCAAUCGGACACAGAUGCUCAGCAGGCAUACAAGUACUUAAGGGAAGAAGUCAAAACAUUUCAGGGAAAACCCAUCAUGGCACGGAUCAAAGCCAUCAACACAUUUUUCGCAAAGAAUGGUUACCGUAGCAUGGACAGCAGCUUGUAUGCUCAGCAGUCCCAGAACCAGUCCCAGUACAGCUCUCCACUUUACAUGCAGCAUGUCUACCCCCAGCAGCAGUACCCGGUCUAUGGCAUUGUGCCGCCCACCUGGACUCCUUCACCCACACCCUAUUUUGAAACUCCUCUGGCACCGUUUCCCAACAGCGGCUUUGUGAAUGGAUUCGGCUCUGCGGGACACUACAAAGCUGGCUCCGCCGCUCUUAACCUAACUCGCCCAUUCAACAGGAACCGUGUCCCUCUGUAUUCAAGAAAGAAUGUAAUAAAUGCCUUCAGAAACCACGUGAAACCCCAGAUUAGGACCAGUGAGGUGACUGCAGCCUCAAUAACACCUGUUCCCCUGGAGAGUCUGACCGGCCUGCGCAGCCCCCAGCCUCCCGUCAUCGGCGCCCCCACCUCCACUCAUCAGACCACCGCUGACAUCACCUCAGCCUUCUCGCAGCUCUCCUCCUCUUCGUCGUCUUUGGACCCGAAUGACGACAGCGGCAUGGCAGGACGUGGAAGACGAAGCACAACUUAUAGAGGAACGCGAAGGAGGCGAGAAGAUGAGCGGAACAUGAGGCCGGUCCCUUUAGCCGAGGUGAAGGUUUCUCCGCCCAAGUUCGACUUGGCCGCCACCAACUUCCCGCCACUUCCUGGCUGUGUGGUCAGCACACAGGGUGAGCCGGUGCUAGAAAACCGAAUGUCCGAUGUCGUACGUGGUUUGUACAGGACGGAGCAAACCACUAAAGAAACCACUGUGAGUCCAGCAUCAGCCCAAACUCCGGCCACAGAGGAGGCUGUGACCGUCUCAAGUCCCGCCCCCACCAUAUCAAAAUCCGUUUCUCAACCACUUGGAUCUCUGGCUUCCCGUAUAAGUAAUCAGGAGAAGAGAGUGGAACGGGCUGAACCCCCAGUGUCCAAAGUCAGUCAGCGUACACCAGUUCAAGCUACUGUGAACUCCUCCACCUCCUCCUCUUCCUCACAGCCUACGCCAAGCUCACGACCUCAGCCCUCUGCUGCUUCAACGCCGCCGACCCCCAACACGCCUGCCGCGUCUACAGCCGCUAUUACCACCCCGGCACAGGAACCCCGUAAACUCAGCUACGCCGAAGUCUGCCAGCGGCCUCCCAAGGACCCUCCCCCCGCGGCCCCGGCCCCCUCCGGCACGGCGUCUGGCCAGCCGCUGCGUGAGCUGCGCGUGAACAAGGCCGAGGAGCCGGGCUCCGGCACCAGCCCCGGAGACAAGCAGGAGCGGGGCCACGACAAGGACGGGGGCUGGGAAUGCAAAGAGAGCCGACCGCCGCGCGAACGUGACUCUCCGGGUUACUACCGCAGCAACGGCCCCAGAGGCACUGGGGGGCUCAAGUUCCGGGACCAGCGGCGCCCGCCGCCGGCUCGACGAGGCUCCCCUCAGGGAGGCUUCAGGCUCACUGGCAAAGAGCAGAACAUACCACCAGUAUCGCCAAAGUAAAAACUUAACAUGAAUAGAAAAAAUCUGUAUGAAUAUAUAUAUAUAUAUACACGUGGAUAUAUAAAUAUAUAUAUAAAUAUAUAAAACUAUAUUAAGAUAAAAUAAAAGCAACAACUUUAUGGUAGCCACCUUUCCCCCCCCACGGAGACUGUCCAGAGAAACGCUUUUAAAUGACUGACAUCCAGGACUUGAGGGCCAAGUGACACCUGAUGAACUUCUUUCUUCGACUGGUUCAGAAACUCUUCUUGUUUUGGUCUCCGCCGUUACGCUUAAAAGAUUUUAAGUGUGAUUUAUCUGAAGGCUGCGCUCAUGCUCUGCUUGGGGAUGGUGGGUUGCUGGGCCUCAUAUGUGGCCCUCUACCUAUUUUUCUUCUUUUGAUUUUGAAAAAUAGAUGUUGGUCUGCAAGAACAAUAUGCACUAAGACGAAAACAACAUGCAUAUAUGUCAUGUACAUAUACAAAGAUAUCACUAACACGCAAAGAGACAUCAGUUGUUUUUUUGUUUUUUUCCCUUGUGUGCUUAGGUUUGCAAGAAUGACUGAAGGGUUGACUGAUGUCUGCGUAUGCAUUGAUUGUUUAGCAAAAUGAGUGAAGUGCUCCAGUUGCACUGACGUAACAAAACGGAUACCUUGAUUUUUACAGCAGAGAUUCUGAAUUAUUGUCCAGAGAUCGGACGGUCUGGUCUUCUAAUGUAUAUUAAUGAAAAUGUGUUUAACAGUGGUGUUUUGAUUCCGAUUUACGAUUGGAUUCGGAAACCGUUCACGCCACGGUGGUCUGUUUUUUUUUCUUUUUCUUUUUUUUUUUUUUUUUCUUCUUUCUUUUGCGUUUGAAGCCGAAAUACAAUUUGGGGGCAUCCACUGGUCCGUUUGCCAUGGUGAACCUGCAAAGCCUGGUCCAAAGUUUUUCAUGUUUUGUUUUUUCCUGUUUAUCAGAACCAUUUUUGGGUCUAUCCACUGCAAUGAAUUCAGAACUUCGUCAUCGUUGAUAAUCAGUCAGGUUCUCUGUUUACAUAUUUUUUUUUUUUUUUUCUUUUUUGGUAGCGGGGGUUGGGUGGUGCGUUUUCCUGAGAGAAAUCUAUACGUUGAUGGUAAGAGUUGACUGUUUUAGUGUGCCUGGUGGUUCAGGUGAGGUUUGGCUUUUCUACAUUAUCCCAGGAUAUUCAGGUUAAGCUUAUAUCUGUGAAUUGUUCCUAAUAGUGACAAAGUUUAAAAAAAAUAAAUAAAAAAAGAGGCUGUGGAGUGCUGUUAGAUAAGGAUGAUAGCUACACAAUAUCUGGCAGCCACGUUGUGGAAAGUAAGAGCGUUUUUCCCAUGCUUUGUGCCAGCUGCCUGCGAUCAUAGUUCUAGGAUAAAGUUUUUGAUUUUUAUUGAUGAGAAAUGCUAAAUAAUUUAGCUUGGGAAGCUUUUUGGCUCAGUGAAACUGGAUUUUUGAGAAGCUGUAGAGGUUUAGUUGCCUUUGCUAUAUUGUUAUUAUAACCCUUCACUAGAAAAGUGUGUGGGAGAAUGUAAUUAUUUCUAGUUCUAAAUUUGAAGAGAGAGAGAGAGGCUAUUGACAAGGCAUCUUAUCGGAUUGUUGUUUUUCUUUUUUGUGCUUUAGGGUGAGUUUGCAGGUUUGUUUCUUUCCUUUUUUUUAUUUUUGGAAAACAAGUUGACUUAGAACAUGAAGUUUGACUUACUGUAUGUAUUGCUUUUUGAAUUUAUUUAUUUUAAUUUUAACGCUUUUCUCCCAAUCUUGGUAGGCUGGUUUCCCCAAAGUUGUGUGAAAUCGCAUUGUCAAACUAAAAUCACGCAUAUGACAUUUGUAUACUGAUCGAGAUGUCAGCUGAGAGAAAAAUACUUGAUGCAUUUACUUUGGGUUUGAUACUGCAGUAAACAAAUAUCCAAUCACUGGGGCUGUUAUUUUUUUUUUAUUAUUAUUAUUUUUAUUUUCUAUUGAGUAUGAGCAGCUAGUGAUCUAGUACAAUUAAAGAAAUGCACUAACUUGUUUUUAAAAAGAAUCGUACUCAUGAGUAAUGUGAAAUAAUUUUAGAAGCAUAUGGUUGAUGUUGACAGGCUUGCAAAUAUCUACAGGAAUUGCUUUCCCCCCUCUGCAAUAUUGUUUGGGUUGUUUAUUUUAUUUUUGUUUGUUUUUUUCUGUUUAAUUUGGAUUGGGGUGGCAACAGGAAAUGUAGUAAUCGAUCAACCAAGUGUUUGAGACACAAUCUUAGAACUGUAUGAAAUGUCACCAAAAAUAAAUUAUUUUGAUUUGG